AUGGAUGCCAUUCUCGAAUAUAGGGUCGAUGACAUUUAUUACUUUGGGGGUGAUUACUUCGCCUUUCGAAAGGCACCGCCAGUUCUCCACCUGUUUCUGGGUACACACCAGAUCGAUAUUCGGCUCGUUGGAGACGACGAGCGGCUGGAACUCGUGCUCUGGGGGAGUGACGAGGACGCGUUGGCGCAAGCUGCCAGGCUGGUGCCCAUGGUGACUGGGGUCGGUCAGCCAGACUUCGUGGCACUGGGUAAGAGGGCGAGGUGGAAAGGCGCAGAAGUUGCACUUGCGUUAGGGUUCUUUGACCAUAACUGGACGGUGAAGGCGUCGUCGGUUGUCUCUUGA